AUGAUGGACAUGAAUCGUUCUCGGAGGCUAAACUUCAAUGCUCCCUUCUUGUCGACAAAACGCCAUGCCACCCAAGAGAAGCUCCCGGGGCAUUGCCCAGAAGCUUCUGUUCCGUUUUGUUGGGAGACCACUCCCGGCAUGCCCAAGAACUUGUCUCACUUGAAAAACGACUCUGAAUCCGAGACGCCUCGCCUCAAACUUCCUCCCGGAAGACUCAAGAUGCACGUUAACAGUGAAAAUGGCGAUUUUGAAGACGCCAGUCAGAUUUUAACACCGGCUAGUUUCUUGCGUCUCAAUAAACGCGACAGCUACGAACAUUUACAUCAAAACGAUCAAGACGCAGUAGAUGUCUUGUCUCUCACGCAAGCCAUUGACAUGGUUGAGCAUCCAAAAGAUAGUUUUACGGAAUCGGAUGAUGGAAGCAGCAGAGGAGGAGGAGGAGGAGGUGACUCAAACGGCUACUUAACAAUGGAGAGCACAGAGAGAAGCGAAGACAUGUCACCGAGCUACAUAAUAGAACGGUUUCUGCCGGAUGCAGCGGCUCUAGCAGCCGUGACAUCAGCGGCUAGCCAAAGGAGGAAGAAGAAGCUCUCUUAUUUGAGUGCAACGGUGAAACAAUCUUGCUUUUCACCAAAAGCUUGUGGCUUGCAUGUGUUGCUGCCUUGGAGCACUAAGCAUAGGAUUUGUGGCGUCGAAAACGCAUUUUCUCCUUCUUCCCAAAUCCACUUGCAACGCAAGUUUAUUACAAAAGAUAGCUAG